AUGGGGUCCUCCGAUACUUUCCCGACCCUAGAGUCCCUUCAUUUCCCGUCAGCACAGCUGUCAAUUUCCCAGACGCUUUCGUCUCUGCGUCGAUCGGCGCUGUCCGUCGCCAAUCGGCUCCAGUCUAUUGAGACUGAUGCAACAUUUGCGCAAGAGGUCGCUGACCACUAUGGCCUACCGCUGGUUGCUAAUGAGCGCUGCGGAAGCUGGUAUAUCCCGCCUACAACCAAGGCUGGCAGUGCUUAUUUCAAAAGCACCGAUGGCCACACCGUGAUGCCAGACGCAUUAUCAAAAACUGUCCCAAUCUGGAGCGCCGUCCUAAACAGAGCCCUGUUCCCAUCCGCAACUGCAUACCAUCCAGUCAGCCUUCCACCCGAUUACCUCGGCGCAUCGGAAGAAGCACAGAUCGAGAAUCGAAUCGAAGGAUUCGUGCAUUCCCUAAAGAGCCUGAAACUCGAUCUGGACAAUCUGCGCGAGCAACUCGGCAAACCCAUCCAGAUCGCCUGGGCCAACAGGACAUAUUUCCAUCCAUCGGAUCUGCACACGGGUGAUGACUACAAUCUACUCGUAUUAUGCUCCGCCUCGAGGCGCGUGCAUGGCGCUGAAAUGUCUGAGGGCGGAUACAUCCAAGGCGCGGGCGAUGAUAGCGAGGCGUGGGCGUAUGGGCUGACGCCGCCGGUUUUCUGGGCCAAUCAGGCCAUUUUGAAGAGUACACCCGAAGACGAAUUGCCGGGGCUUAUUGACCGGCUGGUGGCUGAGCAUAAGCUGCUAGAUGUGGCUCAGGACGCAACGCUCAUUUCCCCCACCCGCAAUUUGUACAUUGGCUCGGGGGCGGGGGUUGAUGCUGGAGGUCGGUAUUAUCUUGUUAUUGAUUGCAAUGGGAGUGCUUCGGCUGUGGAGGGCAAUGCGAAGCGGCUUAAUUUAGGUUGCGAUUCUGGGAAACUGGGAAGUCGAGAUCUACGGAAAUGCCUGGAUAAGGUGCGUGAGUUUAUCGGCGCUCGUCUUGGGGCGGAUUCGUCGCUGUCGGUGCUGGUUACCUGUGAGAAUGGGAAGGAUCUUUCGGCAGGGACGCUUCUGGCGAUCGUCUGCGGCUUCGAUGCCUCACUGAGCAAGCGUGCGAUCAGCAAGCAGUUCAUUCGACAGCGUCUAGCCUGGCUCGUGUCGUCGAAACAUGACGUGAACCCGUCUCGCGCCACGCUUCAAUCUGUCAAUGCUUUCCUGAUGCAGCCGCCGGAUUAUUGA